CGUAGCAGGAUCAGAGACGAAAUAAAAAGAAAACCAAGCUCAGGCAAAUAGCCUCUUGCAGCAAGAAAAUAAGUGCACUUAUUACCCUCACUAUAAACAUGGGAGAUAGUGACUUCCUCGUUUUUCCUCAGCAACAUUUGCAGUCGUACAAUGAUCGCAGCGUGCAGCUGGUCAUUGAUUGUCGAGCUCUAGUUAAGCUGAAUCGCAAAAUGGGUAUCCAUCUCCAUGUAGACACGUUGAAAUCCCAUGUCCCAAGCAAGCUGAAGUCAUUCAACAACACAUCUCAACUCCGCCUGAGUAAUAGACUAAAUACCUAGGUUUAAAGCAAACGCAGCGACGCAAACGUCCAACGUGAUCUCUGAUCAAGUCACCUACAGAAGCAUGACUAGUAUCAUGACAUGAACUACAUAGACGUUUUAGUUGAGAAUGAUAUGCUCAAGAGGAGGCGGCUUCCACGAGAUCAACUCCUCUAUUCUUGUGGGCGAAGCAGUAUGUUGGAUGAUAUUGUCCUUGUUCAUGAGAGUACUCACGAGUCACGACAGUUAUACACGCAAGGAUCAAAUGAGAACCUUGAUCCAAUAGUGAAAGAGAUUUUAGGAUUAAGGACCGUAUCAACAAUGCAUGUGAUUCGGUUUGGUCCUAUUUGGUCCAAAUAUCACUCUCGUCUAUUUUUCUUUAGUAUUUCAUGGGAUAAAAUGACCAAAUCACAAUAUAUUCGAUUUGGUUUGGUGUCAUGGGGUCUGAUAUAGACCAACCCACUGCACAUCCCUAAUCUUAUUAAUGCUUUUUUAAAAAUAAAUUGAUUUUAUAAAUAGUAAGGAAGUAAAUAUUUAUAAUUCCUUGUUAACGAUACAUAUGUGGAUCAAAGGGAAUUAAAGCUAGUAAAUUAGGUUGCUGCAACCUUUGAUUAAUAUAUUUCUCAUGUUCCCGUAAAAAAAAAAACUAGUAAAUUAGGUUGGAAAUAGAAUAGGCGCUAAUUCAGUAUAUUGUUUUAUUUGUUUGUUUCGUUUCGGUUUGACGGAACGCUUGCGGAGAGAGAGAAAAGUGAUAAAAGAAAAUGGCGGGUGACCGGUGAGGCGAGACAAAGGGAAGAAAGACCAAACCAGAAGGAAAAACAUUUCACAGCAAACAGACACACAGAGAAGAGUGGGAAACGAUAGAGAUGGAAAGAGAGAGACUGACUGAGAGAUGAGAUAAAAAGAGCGUCAGUAUUGAGUCUCUGUGGAUCGGCCUCCCCGAUUAAACAAGAAUUGUCUCUAAUGCUGUCUUUACUACGACUGCAUGAAAUCAAAACCUUCCAUUUCGCCAUCACCACUCAUCUCCCCACCACUCUCUGCCUUUUGCUUUAAGUAAUCGGGACGGCCAAAAAAUCUUAGAACCAAAAUUUCACUCUUCCCUGUCUCUGUUCUUUUCCCCCCUUUUCUUUCCAGUUCCUCUCCUUGCCGGAUUCAGCCCUAUUUUGGGUUAUUGUGCAGAGAUUUUGUUGCCAAACGUCUUCUUUAACCCUUUUGGAUUGUGGGUUUUCGUAGAAAUGUUUGAGGCUCUGUUUUUUUUUAACAUAAAGGAGCAAUCUUUCCACUCUAAACGUGGACUCUGUUGAAAUUGCUCUGUUCUUCUGCAAAUUCCAACUUCUGGUAAUCUCUUCGCCAGGGGAGUCUGAUUGUUGAAAUUGCUCAGAUUUUCGUUUUCUGGGCUAUUCAUUUCCUUUCGGUUCCCAAUUCCGGAGUUUUUUUUCUCCCUUUGAGAGAGAAAAUGAAAGAGUUGUUAGAGAAAAGCUUGGAUCCACAGCUAUGGCACGCCUGUGCUGGGAGCAUGGUUCAAAUCCCACCUCUCAACUCGAAAGUCUUCUACUUCCCACAAGGCCACGCGGAGCACUGCCAGUCCCCUGUCGAUUUCCCCUUCUCCUCCCCAGCCUCCAAAAUCCCGGCCUCCAUACUCUGCCGCGUCACCGCCGUGAGGUUCCUCGCCGACCGGGAAACCGACGAGGUGUACACCAAGAUCAGCCUCAUCCCUCUCCCACCAGACGACGAGCUCGAUUUCGGCGACGAAAUUGGGCUCGGCGGCAGCAACACCAACAAAAUCCAAGAGAAUCCGGCAUCCUUCGCCAAAACCCUGACUCAAUCGGAUGCCAACAACGGCGGGGGAUUCUCCGUGCCGCGAUACUGCGCCGAGACGAUUUUCCCCAGGCUGGAUUACACGGCGGAUCCUCCCGUCCAGACGGUGUUGGCUAAAGACGUCCACGGCGAGGUUUGGAAGUUCAGGCACAUCUACAGGGGAACUCCGAGGAGGCAUCUGUUGACUACAGGGUGGAGCACGUUCGUCAACCAGAAGAAAUUGGUCGCCGGAGAUUCAAUCGUGUUUCUCAGGGCGGAGAACGGCGAUCUCUGCGUCGGUAUCCGCCGCGCCAAGCGAGGGUUUGGUGGCGGACCUGCAGGUUCUUCUUUCCCCCAAUCUGGUUGGGGCAUUAACACAAACACCUACGGGGCACCUGGGAUAGCGAACCCGUACAACAACUUUUCUCUGUUUCUGAAGGAGGAUGAGAGCAAGGACAUGAGAAACGGUGGAAAGGGAUCGGCGGCGGCGGCGAAGGUGAAACCGGAGGAGGUUUUGGAGGCGGCGAGAUUGGCUGCGAGUGGGCGGCCUUUUGAUGUGUACUAUUACCCGAGAGCUAGUACUCCAGAGUUCUGUGUCAAGGCUUCUGCUGCUAGAGCUGCAAUGAGGAUCAAUUGGUGCCCUGGGAUGAGGUUCAAGAUGCCGUUCGAGACUGAAGAUUCCUCCAGGAUCAGCUGGUUCAUGGCUACUGUAGCUUCUGUUCAGGUUGCUGAUCCCAUUCGCUGGCCGAAUUCGCCAUGGCGCCUUCUGCAGGUGACUUGGGACGAGCCAGAGAUGCUGCAAAAUGUGAAGCGAGUCAACCCGUGGCUGGUCGAACCUGUUAUGAACGUACCGAUGAUCCAGCCCUCGGGUUUCUCCUCGCCACCAAGGAAGAAGUUCUGUUUCCCAACUGGACCGCUCGAUGGUCGGUUCCAAUUGCCUUCGUUUUCGGGCAACAACAACAACCCCCUCUCGUCCAGCAGCAACCCAUUGUAUUACAGUGCGCCUGCAGGCAUCCAGGGAGCCAGGCAUGCUCAUAUCGGGGUAUCUUUAUCCGAUCUCCACCACCUUAAUCACAACAAACUCCCCCACUCACCACCAUCCGGCGGGCCUUUCCUUCGCAGUCUCAAGCAGUUCAAUCCACCACCAUCAAAUCAUUCUAGAUUCUUGGGAAGCGACGACAACGAGAGCAGCAUAUCCUGCUUGCUAACUAUUGGGAACGGCAACUCUAGCUCUUCUCCAAGCCCUGAAAAGCCCUCGUCUUCUACUUCAUCCUCUCAAGAGAAGAAGAAGAAGAAGAAGAAGCAGUUCUUCCUCUUUGGUCAGCCGAUACUCACCGAGCAGCAAAUCUCCCACCAUCGUUCUAGCGAAUCCAUCUCGAGGAAUUCUCAGGAUGAGAAGCAAAUCUCAUCGUCAGAGGAGGAGAAAUCCUCCAGUGCUGGCGGUGGGUAUUCAUCACGAAACCAGAGUUGUUUAUCAGAUGGUGGGGGCCAAAUUUGCAAGAUUUUCUUAGAAUCAGAGAAUGACAAUGUUGCAAGGAAAAGGAUGAUUCGGAGCUCUGAAAGUGGAUUGGAGGCCUCAAACAAGAUAGGACCCUUGAGUAUAUCCGCGUAGAAGAAGCAGCUGCAGAGGAAUAAGAAUCCAAUCCUUCGUGUUUUGAAGGAGUUGGUCAUAGUAUGAAAAUUGAAAUGUGAAUCUGAUGUAGAGCUGUGAAGAGAGAAAAAAAAAAAUACACUUUGACUAUAAUUUCCUAUGUGUUUGGAACAUGUUCUUCUGUCUUGUUGACUUUGUUAUAGCAGAAAGCUGCUGUAAUGUACUGGAACUGGGGUUUUUCUUCAGAAAAAGACUAUUUUACUGGAUAUUGAUUGAACUAAGUCCACUACAAUCCAAUAAAAAAUGAACAUAUAUCCUGUUUAUGACAUUAUUCAAUGACAUUAUUCAUCUAUUCAAUUGCUCUGUAUCUGUAGACAUGAGAUUUGUUACUUCAUAAGAAUCUCGAUGUAAUUGUGAAAUUUGAUGGUGGCGGAACUAUGAAUAAUCGUUACAAGAUGUUAUAAUGUUGGAUGUAUAUUUUGAUUUGGGAGGAGUAUUUUUUUUUAUAUAUAAUAUAAUUUUGGAGGUAAUCUGGAAGAUUCUGAAUUAAGUGAUUGCGUGGGGAUGAGGAAAGAAAGACAGAGACAACUGGGCAUGGGGAUUGGAGCGAACCCUGAAAACAUGCUCCGGUCGGGUCGGGUGUGUUUGACUAAAUCACAGUGAACCAACCAAGAAAAGCAAGUGGCUCCUCCCUCAAUUAAACCAAUCUUUACCGGAGAUGCGGUAAUAAUAUCCGUAAUCGUGGAUUUCUGUUUGAAAUCGAUCUAGUCGGGAUAGGCGUAAAAGCUGAGUCUGAAUAUUGUGGGCAAUGGGUGGAUAUGAUUUUCUCACUAUCCAACCCGAACCCGCCCCGAUUAUAUAUAUGCGUAUGUAUUUUGUUUAGAAAUAUCAUUAUUUUUUCUUUGACAUAUUUAUAUUUAGCAAUAUAAAUAUAAUAUUUUCAUGAAACUGUGUUGUUUUAAUUAAUUUUCUUCAUUCUAGUGAUUUAUUGUUGUACUUUCUCUCUUAUAUAAUGUGAGUAUACAUGUGAAUGUUAACAUCUGGUUUGAGUUAUAAAGAGAAAUUAUUACGAAUGUAUAACCGUAGAAUAGAUACCCGAAACCUGAACGGGUAUGAACAUGAUUUUGAUUUUUUUACCCGGUUCAUAUAUUAGUACGGGGAUGGGUAAAACCCAGACUAAUUUGAAUAGGGUAACGGAUAUGCACUAUCCGCCCCACCCCGACUCAUUGUCAUCCCAGCACAGAUAAGGAGUCGGGUCGGAGUCGGGUCGGAUCGGGUCGUGACUUUUCUCGAAUCUAUUUAUUUUUGGAAUAGUGAAAUGAUUCAUGUGAUUAUGGAAUUCAUAUGCAAUGUUUUUACAUUGUCGUCUUCCUUUGGAUUUGCAUCUCCAUUUCUUCCUUGGACGCAAACGGCUUUUUGUAUUUCGUUGUGUGGGGAAGGGAGCCGAGUCCAACUCGGGAAACACAUGAGGCACGUGAGGGUUCUCCAACUCUAACGCCGUUUCGAUGGCCGGGCCUGCCCCGGUUUCCUUGCCGAGCCAGCCCGCUUCGUCCGGUCCAUUUUUCUGGGCCUUUCGGUUUCUUUUUUACUCCACCCAACCCUACCCUUAAACCACUUUCCCAAUUUUCUUUUGUUUUUAUAGAUUUGAUGAUUCCUUUUCCAAACAUUCCUUGUCCGUUGCAUCUUCUUUGGAGAGGACAUAAAUUAGGAGGGCCGAAAGUUGAAAAUUAUAAUAUUUUCAAAAUGAUAUGUAAGGUGUUGUGCAGCGAUAAUAUAACACACUAUUCAACGUACAUAAUGAUACUUUCAUGGAACAAUAUAUGAGUAAUAAGACA